AUGGCUCCCGGCUCGAGUCAGGCCGGUUCGGGCAAGAAGAACACGGCCGCGGUGCCAAAGCAGAGUCGCAAUUCCACUCCCGCCCCGGCGCCUCCAGCCAGUUUGCCUCCUCAAGAAUUCUACGACCCAGACUACCUUAACACGAGGGUGAUUCUAUUUCGGAAUCUUAGUUAUGAUGAUCUAGUUGACCAAAGCGCCGUCAAUGCGACGGUACCCGACUCCAAGAGCGUCGACGUGAUGCUAGAGAAACUGAAAAACCUAGUAAACAUAAUGGAAAAGCGAUCUACUUUCUACGACCGGGGCAUGCGACAUCUCGCGGAUGAACGAAAGAAAAGACCUGACAACAACGACAUGCGCAUUGAUGGCGAGCAAGAAUGCAGGCGGUCCAAACACAAGAGAAAGAAGGGCUCCGACUCUCUAGCACCAGACGACCAAUCAUCACCUCUCAAGGACGCCAAGCGUAAACACUCUCGAGGAGGCUCGGCGAGCUCGUCUCUGUCGCCGCCUGCUGCCGGCUCGCCGUCUGCGAUGGACGUCGACAAGAAAGCGAAGGAGGAGGACAAGGACGAUGAGGACGAUGAGGAAUCGAGCUCUGAAGACGACGGUGCACCACCGAAACGGCAACUUCCUGCGGCACAAACCUUUGGCGAAGACCCGUCCACAUUUCCUGACCCGACCGUCUACGAAAUUCGGCCCGUCCACGAGGGCAUGUCUGACGAGGAAAGGAGGGAGAUAUACUCGGUGGCGGUUUAUCCCAAAAAUGACCUCGCGAAUCUCAUUGCCGGUGAUCCGCCUGACAAUGACUUUAGUAGUGCCAAACCCAGCAGUCAGAUCAACUUUUCCACAUUCUCAACAUACAUCGAUCCAUACUUUAGACCCUUUUCGGAAGAAGACUUGGCGUUUCUUCGGGAACGGGGUGAUCGCGUCACGCCAUUCGUCAUGCCCAAACGGGGCAAGAGACACUACACGGAAGUUUGGGCGGAAGAGGACGGAGCCCUGUCCAUGGACUCGCCACAACAGGGACGCGAUAAGCUUCCUCCCAAUCAGCCCAGAGGUAGCAUAGACAACAUGAGUGACAGCAUCGGCGAGACGGAUUCCUUGUCGAUAGGACCUCUGGCCUCACGACUGUUGCAACUGCUACGACCCGAGGGUCGUUCCCAGGGGCCUGACGAUAAGCCAAUGAUGAAUGGUGUGACUAAUGGCGAUGUUGCCAUGAACGGUGAAGCCAACGGAGAGGACCAGGCUGGUGAAGACAAAACGAACCCGUUCCCGCCAGCGGCAUAUAUGACAGAGUCGUCCACAGAAGCUUGGAAGAAGGCGACACAUCCUAAACUCGAGUAUGCGCAGGUUGACGAGCGGCUCAAGCAGGAGUUGAGGCACAUUGGCUUCCUCCCCCAAGAGGUGUUUGAGAGCGAAUACGACGGGCAUUACGACGAUGAGGUUGCCGGCAGACUACGACUGUUACAAUCGCGGCUGAAGGAGCAAAUGCUCAUCAACGGGGCUCGCAAGGCACGGUUAACAGAAUUGGUUCGUGAGCGGAUGGCUCAUCAGGAGUACCAGACUAUUCUCGAGGAUCUCGACUCUCAAGUGCAAGCGGCGUAUCUGAAGCGGACGCGCACGAUGGGCAAGAGCAAGAAGACGAAACGUCCCGGCGGAGCAGGCGGCGGCAGCCAUUUUGUGGGGGGCGCUGCAGGCACGGCUCGACCAGGCAUCGGAGACCAGACCAAAACGCUGAUGGAACGAAGAAAGCGCUGGAUCGACACAAUAGGGUCAGUGUUUGAUGAUGAGAACCUAGGCAAAGUGCCGAGGCAGCAGGACCCGGACAGCUCCAUCUUCAAACCUGAAAUUAUGGGAGAUCUCAUCAAGAAGGAAAAGGAACAAUGGGAUGAGGAGGUCGAAGAGGAAUAA